UUUUUUUUUUUCUUCUUCUUCUUUUUAUUACUCUUUAUACAUUUUUUUUUAUUUUCUUUAUUCAUUCACCAUGUCUGCCGCUAACAAGAUCAAGAACAUUGUCCCUCUUCUUGACCGUGUGUUGAUUCAACGUGUCAAGGCUCAAGAAAAAACUGCUUCUGGUAUCUUCAUUCCCGAAAAAGCUCAAGAAACUAUGAACGAAGGCAUUGUUGUUGCUGUUGGUAAGGGUGCUUUGAACAAGGACGGUAAGCACAUUCCUCUUGAACUUGCCACUGGUGAUCGUGUUAUUCUUCCUCCUUUCGGUGGUAGCACUGUCAAGGUUUCUGGUGAAGAUUAUCUCUUGUUCCGAGAUAGCGAAAUCCUUGCCAAGGUUAUUGAAUAAAAAUCAAAACUAGAUUAUUAUUAUUAUUAUUAUUUUAUUGUUUGCAUUUGGUAGUUCAAGUUUAGAUAUUACAUGAAAUAAAAAAUCAUUAC